CGAUGGCACCCGACGCCUCCACGAGCACACCCGAGAAGCCCCCGCCGGGCUGGGUCAUCGGCCCAGACGGCAAGCCGUGCAAGAUAUGCACCGCGUUCCGUCACAUGAAGGUCCCAGCCAAACCCAAGAAGCCCUCCUCCUCUUCCUCAUCAUCGGACAACAAGUCCACCGCACCCAUGCUCGCUGCCUUCGGCGCCUCUGCUGGCCUCGCCUCCUCCUCCUCCCCGAAUACCAUCACCACGCAGGAUCCACCAGCACGCCCGGACGAACCACCGCCGGGUUGCCCACCCGACGUCGAACAGCUCGGCCGCGCGACGUGGUCCUUCCUGCACACCACCGCGGCGUACUACCCCGACUCGCCGUCGCCGUCGCAGCGCUCGCACAUGCUCUCGCUGCUCCGCGCGCUGCCGGCGCUGUACCCGUGCACGCACUGCGCGUCGCAUCUCGGCGAGCGGAUGGGUGCUGCGCCGCCGGAUGUGAGCGGGAGGAGGGCGCUGAGCUUGUGGUUGUGCGAGAGGCAUAAUGAGGUGAAUGAGAGGCUGGGGAAGGAAAGUUUUGAUUGUGCGAAGACGGAUGAGAGGUGGAAGGAUGGGCCGCCGGAUGGGAGCUGUGAUUAGGUCUGUGUAUAUGGAAGGCUCGUGGUUGUAUGUCACAUUUGCGAAAGCGCUGCAGAACUUACUCAUGGAUGUGUGCACAGUUUCAUGCGUUGCACUCAUUGCCGCAAUUACUCACAAACAGAGUGCAGUGCACGCGCACUGCACACAAGCGAAUGUCUCCGUUCCCAUCGAGAACAUCGCGCGCAAAUAUUCGCACUUCAUGUGCCAGCAUUGCGGCAAUUUUUACAAACCCAUCUCAUAGUGAUAUUAGUAGCCUCAUCUGCUCUCUGCCAUUGGUUUGUCAACUAGAGUAAGCGAUGGUAGGAAAUCAUAGGUUGGACCCACAACGAGGGACUCGGUACUACUUAGUACUGUUCCACUGACCAUACAACUAUGUACUUUGUAACAACGUUGCCCCGAGGGUAACGCUUUUGCAUAGCUAUGGUAGCUUUGGGUAAGUAACAAUAGUGUAACAACCUGUAACUUGAAC